AUGGAAACUUUAUCUAUGGUUUCCGUUGAAAAACCGUUUUUGGUUGAGUUAUGGCCGAUUUUCAAUAAGGUGGCCACCACAGUUACUGGUGGGCGGUUUAUCCCCGAUGAGUUUGAGUUCGUUGUCGGCGAAACGGCGUUAUCGACGUUGAGCCCGGUGCUUACGAUGAUCGGUAUCUACUAUCUCGUAAUCUUUGGCGGCAACUACGUGUGGAAAAAGGCUGGGUGGAAACCGCUCGUAUUGAACGGGCCGUUUCAAAUCCACAACGUGAUCUUAACUACUGUCAGUUUGGCUCUUCUUUUGUUAAUGGCUGAGCAGUUGAUUCCGAUGAUUUACAAGCACGGCUUGUUCUACGCUAUUUGUGCAAAAGGCGCUUACACCCAGAAGAUGGUGGUUCUUUACUACUUGAACUACUUAGUGAAGUUCUUGGAAUUUGUUGACACUGUGUUCUUGGUGGUCAAGCAAAAGAAGUUGACGUUCUUGCACACCUAUCACCAUGGGGCCACCGCCCUUCUUUGUUACACUCAGUUGAUUGGUCAGUCCUCGAUUUCUUGGGUGGUGAUCAUUCUUAACUUGGGUGUACACGUGGUGAUGUACUGGUACUACUUCUUGGCGGCUCGUGGGAUUCGCGUGUGGUGGAAGGAAUGGGUCACUCGUUUCCAAAUUAUUCAAUUCAUCCUUGAUUUGGGCUUUGUCUACUUUGGUACCUACCUUGUGUUUGUCAAUCGUGUCAUCCCGCAAUACAAAGACAAGCUUCCUAACUGUGGCGACUGCAGUGCUACCGCCUCCGCCGCGGUCACUGGCUGUGCCAUCUUGUCAUCGUACUUGGUGUUGUUCAUCGCCUUCUACAUUGAAGUCUACCGCAAGCAAGGCCUGAGAAAGUCGAACCGCGUCAAGGCUGUGAAGGGUGGUGUCGCCGCUCAAAUGAACGAGUACGUUCACGCAUCGGGCAGAGAACUGCCUGCAGUUGAAGGAAACGUCAAGCUGAGAAAAUCCUAA